AUGGCGCAUUAUUGGCUGAUUGGGUUGUUGGAAUGCAUUCCAGUGAGAAUUCCUGUACUCAAAUCGUCACCCAUCUUGAAGUUAAUCAAACGGACAGGCGACAGCCGGCCCUCCGACUCUCCGUCCUCUGUUUCGAUAAUACCCCGCCGACGUCGCCCCAAGGAUUCAGGUUCGGUCGCCAUGGCGGGAUCUCUGCGGCCUCAUAUUCUCCUGCUCCUCUUCCUCAUCGUCCUCGCUUCGAUCUCUUCGUGUAUGGCGGAGAUUAAGAACCUAAAGAUCUCCUCCGACUUCCGGGCGAUCAUCCUGUUCGAGAAGUUCGGCUUUACCCGGCGUGGCGAGGUGGCCGUUGCUGUUUCCGACGUCUCCAUCUCCUCCACCCUCGGCGCCCCCGACCACUCCCUCCUUGGCUUCUUCCUCCCCUCCGACGAGGGCCUCAUCCAGGCGGCUUACGAUUCCCGGCAUGGCCGCAGCUCCUACUCUGACACUAAGCCUAGCCCCAAUCCUGGAUGCGUCCUCCAUAGCUCCUACGUCCGCCUCCUCUUCACCUUCGAUGUACUCUCCCCGGCGCCCUCAGCCACAUUAAACCGCUCCUUCCCCAUCCCCUACCCGGACGAGUACAGCCUCUUCUUCGCCAACUGCGCCCCAGAGACCGCGGUCACCAUGUCCGUCCGCACCGAGAUGUACAACACCCGUCCCGAUGGUUCCCGUGACUACCUCUCCGUCGGCCAGUCCCCCGUUCCCUCCCUGUACACCUUCUUCGCCGCCGCCUAUGCCGCCUUCUUCGUCGUGUGGAUCCACCUCGCCCUUUUCAAGAACCGCCUCGCCGCCCACCGGCUCCACCACCUCAUGGCCGGUCUCCUCUUCACCAAGGCUCUCAACCUCAUCUUUGCCGCCGAGGACCAGCACUACAUCCGCCAGACCGGCACCCCCCACGGGUGGGACGUCCUCUUCUACCUCUUCCAAUUCCUGAAAGGCGUCCUCUUGUUCACCGUCAUCGUCCUCAUCGGCACCGGAUGGUCCUUCCUCAAGCGCUUCCUCCAGGAGCGAGAGAAGAAGGUGCUCAUGAUCGUGAUCCCGCUCCAGGUCGUCGCCAACAUCGCGUCGGUCGUGAUAGGCGAGACCGGACCCUUCAUCCGGGACUGGGUAUCCUGGAAUCGGGUCCUCCUCCUCAUCGAUGUCAUCUGCUGCUGUGCCAUCCUGUUCCCCAUCAUCUGGUCAAUCAGAUCGCUGCGCGAGGCUUCAAAGACGGACGGGAAGGCCGCGAGAUACGUUGCCAAGCUCACUCUUUUCCGGCAGUUCUACACUGUGGUGAUCGGGUAUCUGUACUUCACGAGGGUUGUGGUGUACGCGCUGACGACGAUCCCGUCUUACAAGUAUCGGUGGGUCAGCGUGGCAGCCGAAGAGACAGCGAGUCUCGCCUUCUACAUCUUCAUGUUUUACAGGUUUAGGCCGGUGGAGAAGAACCACUACUUUGCGCUCGAUGACGAAGAGGAAGAGGCCGCGGAGAUGGUGCUGCUUCGCGACGAAGAAUUCGAACUUUGAAUGACAGUGAAUUCCCAGUAUGCCUGUAUGGGAAUGCUGUAAUAUGGAUAAAAAACUUUAGUUAUAAUUUUGGACGUUUCAUCUUUAUCUCCUUUUAUUUAAGCAUCUGAGUUAUCUUA